GCUCGCGUUUUGUCUGGACGCUGGUUCGUUCUUCCCAGCUUUGCUGAGAGCUAUGUGGGCAAUUCCAGCGGCUCUGCUGACCUAGUCCAGAAGGAAAAAUCUUCAGGCUUGCCAAGUUCAGGAAGACCCCGUGGCUACAGAUGGGCAGUAAUCCCUGUGCCAGGUAGCAUCCUGAACCAACUUUGAGGAUCAACAGGAAGUUGCUGGGUAGCAACCACUGAGGAUCCUAACUUACUGCUGCAGUGACCUGGAAAGAGAAGAAAACCAAAAUUGCAACCAUGACGAAGAUAACUAGAGUUGGUUCCGCAUCCCCUCCAGAUGGAGGCUGGGGAUGGAUGAUUGUGGCCGGCUGCUUUCUUGUUACCAUCUGCACCCGGGCAGUCACCAGGUGUAUCUCCAUAUUUUUUGUGGAGUUUCAGACGUACUUUGCUCAGGAUUAUUCCCAAACAGCAUGGAUCCAUUCCAUUGUAGACUGCAUGACAAUGCUCUGUGCUCCGCUUGGGAGUGUUGUCAGUAACCAAUUAUCCUGUCAAGCGGGGAUCAUGCUGGGUGGCUUGCUGGCAUCUACUGGUCUCAUCCUGGGCUCAUUUGCCACCAGUUUGAAGCACCUCUACCUCAGUCUGGGAGUUCUCACAGGUCUUGGAUUUGCACUUUGUUACUCCCCAGCAAUUGCCAUGGUGGGCAAGUACUUCAGCAGGCGGAAAGCCUUCGCUUACGGGAUUGCCAUGUCAGGCAGUGGCAUUGGUACCUUCAUCCUGGCCCCUGUGGUUCAGCUCCUCAUUGAACAGUUCUCCUGGCGAGGAGCACUGCUCAUUCUUGGUGGGUUCGUUCUGAAUCUCUGCGUCUGCGGCGCGCUGAUGCGUCCAAUUACCCUUAAAGAGGACCCGUCAGGCCCAGAGAAGAGUCACGACCGUGACGCUCAGAGAGAAGACUGUAAGCAGGCAUCUCCCUAUUCACCUUUGACCAAAGAAUGGACAGAGACCCGUCUUUGCUGCUCUUUGCAGCAAGGAUACGGCUUUUUACUGAUGUCAGACUUCGUCGUGCUGGCUGUCUCUGUUCUGUUCAUGGCCUACGGCUGCAGCCCUCUCUUUGUGUACCUGGUGCCUUAUGCUUUGAGUGUCGGAGUGAGUCACCAUCAAGCUGCUUUCCUCAUGUCCAUCCUCGGAGUGAUUGAUAUUGUCGGCAACAUCACGUUUGGCUGGCUAACUGACAGAAGGUGUCUGAAGAAUUACCGAUAUGUUUGCUACCUCUUUGCUGUGGCACUAGAUGGGCUGUGCUAUCUGUGUCUCCCAAUGCUUCAAAGCUUCCCCCUUCUUGUGCCUUUCUCUUGUACCUUUGGCUACUUCGACGGAGCCUACGUUACCUUGAUCCCAGUAGUGACUGCAGAGAUAGUAGGGACCACCUCUUUGUCAUCAGCACUUGGCGUGGUCUACUUCCUCCAUGCAGUGCCAUACUUGGUGAGCCCACCCAUUGCAGGAUGGCUGGUGGACACGACGGGCAGCUAUACUGCAGCCUUCCUUCUUUGUGGAUUUGCCAUGAUAUUUAGUUCCAUCCUGCUUGGCUUUGCCAAAAUUGCAAAAAGAAUGAAAAGAACACAGGUGCCCUUCCUGGUCAAAGACUCAGAUCCCAAGCUGCAUCUGUGGACCAAUGGAUCAGUGGCCUACUCUAUAGCGAAGGAGUUAGAUCAGAAAGAUGAGGAAUCCCUGGCUAAAGCUAGGACUGGUUGCAAUCUCACAUGACCUGUGUGGCCUUGUCCUGGGAAUCUGCAAGGCUGGUGGAUACCAGGCCACCAGGUUGUUCACAGUCUGGAAAUAUUUUAUUUUGACAGAGUAUCACCUCCCAAGUAAAUUAUUAAUACUGUUUUGUUAACAUAUUUAUAUGGGGACAAUAAUGAGCAACAAAGAAAUCUGGAGUUAGCCUGGAGUUUUCUCAUUCAGGAUUUGUACUCACUACAAACUUAGCUCUGGGAGAAGGGCAGGACACAGUUGACAGGGUCAGUUGUAUUUCAGGACAACUCUAAGCAGAGGCCACUGUGAAGAGUUUUCAUAAAAUCUGCCCCACCCCCUCAUUCUGAACAGAAGCAGUGGUGGUUGUGCUGGCAGUGGGGAUGCAGAGGUGACUUGAGAACAGAGCGCCUCAAUGUUUAGAGUGGCAAAGAAAUUCUUGAGACUCUUUGAAAGGCAAUGAUAAAUUAAUGUACAACAGACACUCUCUUAUCCAUUUCCCAGCCAACCAGUAACCAGUGCCUCUUCCAAUGGGUAGCCAUCACUUUGAGAGACCCAACAGUCAUCAAACACUAUGGCUGGAACAGACUUUAGAGAGUGGCUUGUGGUAAUACUUUAUUUGUAACUGUCUUGUUGAAACAGAAGCUCUUUUCUUCAGACCGUCCCCCCGACCCCCGACACUCACCCUGUCAUUACUGCAUACUGACUCUAAAUGUAACACAACUCGUUCAAUGUUGGGACAACUGCUACAUCUUUCCUGAAGUGAUUGUAAUACCCCAGGAAUCCUCAGCUUUUUCUUCUCUUUGAAAAAAAAAGGUUCUAAUUUGAACUUUAGGCACAUUCCUUUUAGGAAUAGAAAAAUGUUGACAGUAUUCCAGUUGAGCAGUAAUUGAAUUCCUGAGUCAGCAGUCGUUAGAGUCAUCAUUAUCCAAAAGAGGGGUUGGGGGUUUUCUUAUCAUACAAAUGUUCUAAAGAUGGCCUUUGGAGUUCACCAUAUCCCUUGUUGGAUCAUAGUUAUAAAUCUGACUCAUUGGCUUAGAAGUGUCUGCUCCAUCGCUUCUCGGCCUUUUGGCUAAGAUCAAGUGUAGAAGUGUCUGCUCCUUCUCGGAGGCCAGACUUUGCAGGGACAUGAAAUCCUUUCUGAAUUUUCAUAUCAGAGAAAAGUACAAAAAAGAAGAAAGGUGGGGCCACAUCUUAUCCCCAGCUGUUUUAAUAUCCACACAAUUAAGAGUCCUGAAUCCCCAAUCAGGUACCAUUUUCAAAGAAGGACAAGUUAUAUAAUAAAAGGGGGAUGUUUUCAAUUGUUCAAGAGUUUAAAUGCAAGUCACAAGGAAACGUUGUGAACUCAAUGACCAUUUAACCUACUGUCCCCAAGAAGCCUCAGAGUGGCUUUUGCCAGACAUGGUGCUGGGAGAAAUAACAAAGCGUUGAGGGAUGGCUGAGGUGACUGAGUUCUCACUUGAACUGAGUAUGUUUGUGUUGCUAUACUGCUUUCAUAAUGAGAUACUGGCUUGAUUCGAUGGAGAGAUCGGCACUACUCACAUUGUAGUUUUUCACAGAAAAAUGUGAGUGUCCUGUCUUUACUCAGUCUGGGACUUUAGUUUUGAAUCCAUUCACUGUGUUAUUUGCAAUUUUAAAAAUACUUUGAGGAGAUCUGUAAAAAUUCAAAGUCAAAAUUGAAUACUCAAAAUAUAUUCAAGAUGAAAUACUUGUUUUGGAAUAGCACUUUACCCUAAAUGUCAUUUUUAAUCAUAAAAAUGCUUUUUCUUAAAAAAGUAAGUACUCUUAUUUGUAUGUUUUUAAAGAAUUGAUUGUAAAUUUUGUUUGUGUGAUUCUAUAAUAUAGUUUCUCUAUUGUGUUUAUAAAAAACUAGGAUAAUGAUCAAAGGUUUUAAACUUAUAUAAAACAUUUUAGAUCUUUUGACUUUAUCCGUGCAAUAAAUUUGCAUUCUAACUUUCUUGGGAAAACAUUUUUGAAGAACCAGUAAGAAAAACUGUAGAUCUUACAGUUUACAGUUUGGUCACCUGCACAACAUGUUACUAAAACAUUUUCUCCAUGUAUUUAAACAGUUGGUUCCAAAGCUAAGGAAUUCAUAGGAAUGGGGCAUUUUGUGGAGUCAAGAAUAAACCAGUAGAGAAAUUAUUUUAUGCCUUAAAUAUUUGUUCACCCAACUGUAGGUUCACCUUUGUAACUAAGUAGGAAAACAAGACAGAAUCUAAAUUUUCAAUGUGCUAUUUUUUCUGUUGCUUAAAUUAGAAUUCUACUAAUGAAUCCGAUGUGUAGGCUAAUGUUUUCCUAGUUCAAAGGCAAAAUAAAAUGGAUUUAUACUCA